UGUGAUCUGCUACAGUGUAGUGGAUCCUUUCCAUUUACGCUCACUUUCCACUCUUUCUCUCUCGCGUAUGGCAGUUCGGCGCUCGUUUGCUCUCAUCUAGCAACCUAAGAGAAAAGUAUGCAACAUUUUUUAUUUUUCCUCACAGUCAACCAAGGAAAACUGCACCAUGUCAAGAGAUAAUUUUUCCGACCCGAUCGAUGUGCUCUCUCGCACAUUCUACUACCUCGCGCUCUGUCGUUUGUUCUGCUCUCUGCUAGUAUUCCGUUUUUCUUUCACCGUCCGAAAAUUCCUUCGCUCGAACAUUCGCUCCGGCCAGGAAUUUGGGGAGAAUAGGUCAAAGAAAAUGUUCGCGAGUUACGCUCAUGUACGGUCGGGACGGGUCAGGUCGGUCGGUCUCUUGGUCAACCGUUAGCAAAAGUGGGCUCAGUUUUCAUUCCUUUCUCGCACUAUGCCCGUGUGUCAACCGGAGCGACGUCGUCGUAAUGGUGACAAACAGGGGGAACAAAAUGGAGCAACACUUUCUGGCUGCGUUGGCACUGUACAAGACGGCGACGGUGGCACCAUUAACGGCGACGGCCGCUGAAACCGAACAGCAGACAUCGGUAUCGGCAGCAUCCAUGGCGUUCACGACGGUCGCUUCCGGAUCCGGAAAGCUGCUGCUGCUGCUGCAGGUCCCAGUCACGGCCUAAAACUCUUCUCUGCUAUUCCCACCCUCCCGUGCAGAGCUAGAAACAGAACGGGACGGUGCAGUGUUUGCAGGUGUGCGGGAUAUAUGUGAAGCGACGGCGGAAGAAGACGACUAAAGACCGUGUGCACGGUCAUUUGAUCAGUUUUGUGUUGUAUAAUGGAACGUCGUGCUAUGAUAAGAUAAUUAACAAACAAAUGCGCACAAAGGAUGUGAAACUAAGUGGAAGUGUUUUAGAAAGGUGUAGCGCAAUGCGUAAGCAAUGAAAGAGAAAGCAAAAGAGUUGUGUGCAGUGAAUUGGAGGAAUGAAAAAAGUACACGAUCGACAUAAAAACACUUCAUAACGGAAGACAAAGAACAGCGAAAUACACGUGAUAGCAAAGGAUAAGGGUGAACAGAGCCAAAACAACCAAAGAGAAGAGGGAAAACAGUGCAGUUGUUGCAGUGAAAUUCGGAUAGCUCCAUUUGUAGCUGUCCUGCAAAACAGUGUAGUUUCCUACAGGGCAAGGAGAACCCGGACCGGGGAAAGCGUACAGGGAAGUCGGAUGUUCUCAUUUGCAACGGAAGUGCAACAGUUCGGCUGGUGAAGUACCGUCGCUUACGGCCCUUUGCUCGUCCCCCACCUCCAGCCGCCAGACACAAAACUCGGCACAACUCCCGGCACACCGGAAGUGAAGCUAGCGACCAGCGACGACAGAGCUGUCAGUUGGUGUGUGAGCGUUGUUUGAUACGUUCGCGUGUGCGCGAGUCAGUUGCCAGUUCCGUGUUGGUGGUGGUGGUGGAGGUUGAAUACCCGGCAAAGCGGUGUAGCGUCAGUGUUCCACAGCAUCCGUGUGGGCUGCAUUUCUCGACAUUUCUCAUAUCGUCCGUCACGCUUUGGCACAUGCGGCCACAGUACCAGAACCGUCACACUAAUUGGUACCACCGAUACACGGAGGAAUUUUAAAAGAGCGAAAACCUUCGAACCCAUUUCGAUCGAACACGACAUUUCGCAAAACCAACGGGUUUGCUCGGGGAAAGUCCGUUUUGCGCCACGAUUGCGCCUGUAUCUAUGGGCGGGUGUACGAACGCACAUAGAUGAUGGUGCCGUUACGAUCUGACGCAUGGUGCGCUCCUGGUUUCGAGCUCGAUCUGACAGCGGUGGUGAAACCAUAAAACCAGAAGUGUACACCAGAGCACAACUGCACAACAAGGAAUACACGGAUACACGGAUACGAGAAAGGGUACUUUAAGUAAAGGGGAAGAAGCGAUUCUAUACGCCGAAUCGUUCUUCUCGAUCGCUUCAACAAAGCGAAUAACCAAACCGGAACCAACAAACGCAGCCACCGAGAGUGUAACCAAAGCACAAGCACAACCAGUAAGCAACAAACCAAAAAAAAAACGCCAACUACCACUUCACAACAACAACAAAAACACGCACAACAAGCCAAACCGCUCAACAGAAACCCACAACCGAGGACACCAGUGCCAUCAUCAACCAGCUGUUGUACAGGCAGGCAUCAACCUUUUGCAGCCGCAACGUUCGCCAACAGUCCGUGCCACCGUCUCUGGCAUUACGAGCGUCGGUGUCCUGUGUUGUCUAUCAUUGCCUCGUCCGACACCUAAUUCCGUUCCCUCUCUCCCUCCACCAUCUCCCUCACACAACACACACGUUAGACGUGCGUUCGUGUCGAUACGUUCGUCAUUGGCGUCGUCAUCGUCGGGCAUCAUCACCAUAUCGCAAUCAUUUGAGCUACAGGAAACAAAAUGGCGGGUGGUGAGCAUACAUUCGGUAGAAAGACAUUUCACAAGCCAACCUAUUGCCAUCACUGUUCGGAUCUGCUGUGGGGGCUCAUCGGACAAGGAUACAUCUGUGAAGUGUGCAACUUUAUAGUACAUGAAAAGUGCGUAACCAACAUCGUGACACCGUGCACGGGCAUCGCACCAUACCUUAUCCGUAACCCGGUGGCCCACUGUUGGUCUGAACCGUCGCACCAUAAGCGCAAGUUUUGUUCGGUUUGUCGUAAGCGAUUAGAUGAAACUCCCGCCGUACAUUGCUUGAUAUGUGAGUACUUUGCACAUGUCGAGUGCCAGGAUUUUGCCAUCCCCGACUGUAAGGAGAAUGCAACCUACGUCCCGGGCAAGGAAUUGGGCCACGUCAAACAUCAACAUCACUGGCGUGAAGGCAACCUGCCACAAUCGUCCAAAUGUGCGUACUGCAAGAAAACAUGCUGGUCUUACGAAUGCCUUACAGGUUAUCGUUGCGAAUGGUGCGGCACAACCACCCAUGGCGGCUGCAGAAACAACAUCCCGGCCGAAUGUACGUUUGGUACGCUGCAACCGAUCUACCUGCCACCGCACGCAGUUUCCAUACCCCGGACGGAAGUGCCGAUGGAAGCAAUCAUCGGUGUGCAGAAUCGCAACAAAGGAACACCGGGAAUACAGCGCGACUAUUCCUGUCCGGAACUGUGGACAAUCGGGCUGUAUCAGGACGAGCAGCAUCAGGACCAGCAGCAACAGCACCAACAAACACAGCAAGAUUAUUGCAGCGAAAGCACCGAACUGCUUCUCCGCAGUGUGCAGCAGGAAGAGCAAAAGUGUCGAGCGGUGCCGAUGUCACCGGUGAGCUUCACCUUCUACGAUGACGAUGACAGCGCUUCCAGCACGGUCGGAUCGAUGGCAGUGGAAAAGAGCGACCAGCAGCAUCGAAAACCCGAAGAGCAGCAACAGCCACAGCAAUACCACAGUGAUAACAGUUUGCUUCUGCACACGGAAGACGACUGGCCAAUGCGGCCGACCCGAAGCCGUAAUCUCAUCCAUCCAGCACUCAGGCGCACGAAAGUCACAAAUGCGGGCCCACCGACCGAUACGCUGGUGACACGCAGUCGCUCAUUUCAGGAUCAAACAAACAGCAUUCCAAAACGCUUCGUCAAAUCGGCCGCUUACUACAGUCCGCGCUUUUUGACACGAUUUCGCAAAAAGCACCAGGCGCCUCCAUCGAUAAUGCGUAGAUCGCCUUCGCCGCUGGAGGCACGGCUGGAGGAAGGAUUUAACGGAAGCGAACUUUCCAAGCUGCUGCUCGUCCGUGGCACGCUAGAGCCUACUACGAUCGCACCAAUACGUGCCGCAUUGGCUCCCGUGCUAGUGCAUACGCCAUCCGGUUCACUGACGUCAUCGUCCGUGUGCGCUUCGGGACCGUUGGUUGCUUGCGUUUGUGGUCUGAAUGGGACGGACGCCAUGUACGGCAUGGGUGGACCGGUGGAACGUUCUUCCUCGUUUGACUGUACGACGGCACCAGCAGCAGCAGCAGCAGCUGUGGGUAAUUUCGGUCACCAUCUAACGGUGGCGUCAGCGAACGAACUACUUACCUUUGUUGAACCGAGACGGGUUGUGUCGUACGAUGACGUCAGUGGGUUCAGCUUCAUCGACGAUGAGGAUGGUGCCGAACCGAAUGGUACCGUUGGCGUCAGUGCAUUCGUAAAGGUGGUGGCCCUCGCUAAUGAAACCACCGCCGUGACGCCGACCGGAAGAAGCGAUACCGAUACACUACGGACUCGCAGCAUAACUUCGGUUGGUGGGGCAGAUCACGAUACCAUUUCCCAUCCACCGACACAACAUCUUCUCGGACGCAUUUAUCGCCAGAUGCGCAAGUGUUCGAUGGGUUGGAGCAAAACUGGAUGUCGUGUACGCAGAGCUCGCAGCAUCUCCGAGGAGAUAACGGCGGAGAACCGCUAUCGAGACGAUGAGUACGUACCAAGAGGCGAGAGUAGCGGCUCCGGCACUCACUCGAAGCCAGAUUCUGCGCAUAAGCCCGAUAAAGAUAAGGAUAAGAAAGAUAAGGACAAGGAGGAGCGCGAUGAAGAAACAAUCAAGGUAUUCGACGGAAACUGUUCAUAUCGAAGAAGAAUUUUCAGAGCCAUUAAUGUACCUAGAACAUGCUCGUUGGAACAACUGUUGACCACCGCCUUGAGGGCCUUCCACAUAGCCAGGGAUCCAAAUCUAUUUUUUCUCACUGAUGUCUAUGGCGACGAGGUCAGAUUGCAGGAUCCGAAUCCAGUACCAGGCCUACACCGUGUCGAGGGCAAAAGACCAGCUAUAUACUUAAGAUUUCGUGAUAAGGAGAAUGAUCACGGCUUUGUACGCGUCUAUCCGGGUAAGCUGCAGGUGGAGAACGCUUACGUUAUCAUACCGGUGGACAACGAUACCACCGUCAAGGAUCUGAUUUGCGAAUCACUCAAAAAGUUCGGCCUCCAAAGCCACCAGAUCGAGGACUACCGCUGUUCGGAGAUACUGCUCGAUCGUGGCGUAACCGAGCGUGUACUGUCGUGGAACGAACGGCCGUGGGAAAUUAUGAAGCAGCUCGGGAAGGAUUCGAUACGGCAGAUGGAGCUGAUGCGGUUCUAUCUCCAGCUCAAGCAGGACCCGCACGGACCGAACCUGGCACUGUUCGUUGGCAAUCUGCCGCCUGGGCUGUCCCAGCGCAAUUACGAGCACAUACUGACGGAAUUUCUGGGCUUCGAGAACAAGUUCAGCAGCAUUGGUCCCAUCUACUACGAGUACGGUUCGCUAGUGAUAACCUACGAAAAUGCAUCCAAAGCUGUGCGUGCAUUCCAGGCGCUACGGGAGUCAAAGUAUGAGGAGAAACAUUUGCUCGUGCUGCUGUUGCCCAACAUCGAACCGAGCAUGGUGCCGGCGGGUGUCCAACCGUUACUGGUGUUUGUCAAUGUCAAGUCCGGAGGAUGCCAGGGUCUAGAGCUUAUUAGUAGUUUUCGUAAAUUAUUAAAUCCAUAUCAAGUGUUUGAUUUGGAUAACGGUGGACCACUGCCUGGGCUAUACGUUUUCCGACACAUUCAGGACUAUAAGAUUCUGGUGUGUGGUGGCGAUGGUACGAUCGGUUGGGUGUUGCAGUGCCUGGACAACGUUGGUCAAGAUUCGGAAUGCUCUAGCCCACCGUGUGCCAUCGUCCCCUUAGGCACCGGUAACGAUUUGGCACGCGUUCUACGUUGGGGUGCCGGGUACACCGGUGGCGAAGAUCCACUAAAUCUGCUGCGUGACGUAAUAGAUGCGGAAGAAAUACGGCUGGACCGCUGGACGGUAGUCUUCCAUCCGGAGGACAAACCGGAAGAUGCCACACCGAAGGCGCAACCCAACUCAACCGGUAAGAAGAAGAAAAUACAACAACAACAGCAACAGCAACAGCAACAACAACAACAACAGCAAUUGCAACAACAGCAACAACAGCAGAAUCAACAACACCAUCAUCCAUCGGUGGCAAUCGUAGCCAACCCGGCGCAAGUUGUUGGAGGUGCCCAGAGUGAGGAUAACUCGCAGAUAUUCGUAAUGAACAACUACUUCGGUAUCGGCAUCGAUGCCGAUCUGUGCUUGGACUUCCAUAAUGCUCGUGAAGAAAAUCCGAACAAGUUCAACUCACGGCUCCACAAUAAGGGCGUGUACGUGAAGAUGGGCCUGCGGAAAAUGGUUGGACGAAAGAUGGUAAAGGAGCUGCACAAGGAGCUGCGGCUUGAGGUGGACGGGAAGGUAGUGGAGCUACCACCGGUCGAGGGUAUUAUCAUACUGAAUAUCUUAAGCUGGGGUUCCGGAGCAAAUCCUUGGGGACCGGAAAAGGAGGAUCAGUUUAGCAAACCGAACCAUUGGGACGGUAUGCUGGAAGUCGUUGGCGUUACCGGUGUAGUGCAUUUGGGACAGAUCCAGUCCGGGCUGCGCUCGGCCAUGCGAAUAGCCCAGGGUGGUCACAUAAAAAUUCAUCUUCAUUCCGACAUACCGGUACAGGUCGAUGGAGAGCCGUGGGUACAGAGCCCCGGUGAUGUGGUCGUACUAAAAUCAGCAUUAAAGGCAACAAUGUUGAAAAAAAUGAAAGGAAAAAUGAAACGACGCAACACCGAGCCGACGAUGCAGGUGAUGGGUCCGUCGGGGAUCCAGAUGACGCUGGCCGCACCCCAGGAGCCCGACGAGGUCGACUCCAAUAAUACAGAUUUUUGAAUAUGGUAUAACGAGCGAUUAAUUUAACGUGCUUCGUCGUUUGCGGGUGUUUCGUGGGGGAAGGAGAACUAGCGAACAAGGUUUGGAGAAAGGAAGGAAAGGAAUGGGAAAUGUGUUCUAUUUCGAAAGAAACUAAAAAACAAAAAACCCCAAGGCAAACUAUUAUCGCCCUCUAUCGUCACCAGCAUCACCACAAACACCCAACAUCUCACAAGAUAUAAGGACACGCACUAGCUACCUUGAAGGUCUGUUGCUGUGGCAGGAUUACAUACAGUUUGGCCCAUGCUAGACCAUUAGCAUUGCUGCAGUCAUCUCAUUGCAGGAUGUUCGAUCGCCAAUGAUCAUGUUAUUUCCUCUCUACUUAUUCCCGAAUCUCUCUUCAUCUUUGUUGCCAAAUCCCAAUUUCUCAUCAUCUGCAAAUUCCAGCAUUUCCUUCAUUUUAUGUACAGUGGGCAAUAUAUGGAUCAUGCGUUAAAAAAAAACCUUGUUACGAAACCAAUCUACAAACAAAUGCAUAGCAAUGCUGCAGUAAUGUUUCCUACGGUCAUCAGGAAUUUUCCAAACAAAAGGAAAUUGUUGGUCUAAAACCCUCAAAAUCUCGUAACCAAAUUCCUAUCCGAGUGUGUUUGUGUGUUUGUAUGUGGAUACGAUUGUGGUGACCAGCACAGAUGCUGACACAUAGUAAGGAUCCUGAGGAAAAUGUGCUCACAUGGGGACAGUAUAUUAAGCGCAAGGGACGAUCGAACGAACCGCUCGAACAUAACCUUCUCCCACACACACUCACACACGCCCACAACAAGGCUAGUUAAAGGCGAACACCUUUCGAAGCGCGCAUAUAAUAAUGCGAAGAAAAAUAAGCAUGCAAGCAAACGAAAAAAAAACAAACAAUCCGUGUGUAAAAUAAUAAUAAAGAACAAAAAAAAACAACUCAACAACAAUCACUGCAAAAAACCAAUAGCGCUACUAUCGGCAGCGAAACACACAGAACGAACACUGUGUACAAAGUUAGAUAACAAUAGUGAAAAUAUAGAAGCGCAUCUCUUUCCGCCACGCGUGUAGAAACCGUGGUGAAGCUGGGAUGGAAAAGCGACAAACAUCUGUACAAAAAAAAAACCACAUGAAACACGAUAGCAAAAACUCUAUGUAUCUUGUAUGUGUCUGUGCGUGUACGUGUAGUAGAUAAUUCACGUCAAAACUAGAAAGAGUGUAAGCGAACGGAGUUGAAACAAAAGCAUAGAAGUGGAGUAAACAAAUUACUGAACAAAACAAAGCAAAGCAAAAAAAAACACAACCACACAACCACACACACACACACAUACGGCACAUGGGAAAGUUUCAGCAAACCACAUGCAAGAAUAAAAAAACAAAAUCAAUUGCGAAACCAAUUGACACCCGAUUAGAAAGAAAGCAAAGGAAGAAAGCAAGCAAAGCAAAUUUAUUCAAAAUACUAUCAUAGCAUAAACAUAACAGCAAAAAAAAACACAAAAAAGUAGCAAAAACGCAGAAAUCGCGCAAAAACACAAUAGUAGAAACAGCAAGGAAGGAAGAAGAAAACAAAAACAAAUGCAUUAUUAAAGCAGCUAAUAACAAAGCAAAACGGGGUGGUGGGUGAUGUAAUGGUGCGCAAAAAUAAGCGAAACCAACAAACAGUAGAGCAAAUUAGUAAGGUGGACAUCAACGCAAAGAAGUUAACGAAGUGUCGGUUAGACGGUUGCAAGGAUGUCAAUGUUUUGGCACCAAUUUACGCAAAAAUACCAAAAACAAUCGAUUUUCGCAAUCGUUGUGCAGCACAACAUAUUCGAACACUCAAACACACAUAAACCCCUAGCACGCUCACACCGCCACAGUAAAAAAAAACACACACACACAGCUUAGUGAAAACACAAUUUCAAGGGAACAAACAACAUCCAACUGCAGCAGCAUCAAACAUCACACAGGUUGCGAUUCAACUUCAAACAGACCAAACGAUAGCACAACAGGAAACAAAUCAAACAAAACCCACUCUUAACAUAGACAGCUCAGUAACAGAAGAAGAAAUAGCCGAAACGAAAAACCGAUGAGGACAAUUCCAACACAGAAACACAAACGGAACAGACAAGGCAUACAAACGUGAAUGAACGUUAAAUUAAUGGCUCUUUACUUGCACGACGAAGCGAAGCGGGGCGCGGUUGGGAAAAGAUGUAGAAUAGACGCAUCUAAUGUAGGGUAUAGGCAUGUGUCUGAUUUAUAGAACGGUAACCGGUACAAUCCUUCCCAAGUGACAAAAAAAGGACCUUACAGUCUCCUAGGACAUUGGAGUCCGGAAUGUGAAUGGGUUUUUCUGUGUUCUUUUUUUAUUUUUUCCUUUGGGAUUAGAAAUUCGAAACAAUUACUAUAUUUUGUAUGUUCUUGAAAGAUUUGUUUUUCCUGUUGGGAAAUUUUUACCUACGAGAGGUAACGUUAAAGUUUCAUAUAGUAUAAUAAUUGUUCGAUGACAACAACAACAAAAAAAACGGUAAAUUUCAACAUGCCCAAAACUGUGUCUAACUUCCCAUUGGAAUGGUUUAAAGCCAGCUGCAAGUACAUACAUUACAUACAUAUUUCAUACGAUCACGUGCCAGAAACGUGCAAUCACAAUCGAUUGACGUACAGUGAACCAAAAAAAUAAACAGAAAAGCAUUUUUUUUGUAACAAACAUUAGUAAAAAAAACUCCCACUGUUAAUACCCCAAUGUUAAGGAAACGUUGUCACGAAAGUGUGAGUGUGUGUGAAAAAAGAAAUGAAGAAAAAUCUAUAGAAACGGAUUAGAAGUCAAGGCUAGUAAAUGGAAAAUAAAAUUACUCUAAAUGUUAAUACGAAUUUAGGUGGCACACAGAAACACGGGGCAGAUUUCUUUUUUUUUGGGGGGAUUUUGUUUUGUGCGAACGCAUCAGAAGCGCCCAAAAACCGUGCCCAAUCAGCAGGGAACAGAGACAGCUAAGCCAGCUAAUUAUGUAGUGAAAGGAUCAAGCUGGUAAUCGGAAGCAAACAUUCGAUCGAACGUUUACAAAUAUGAUCUCGAUGUGAAUGUUAAGUUGGCUAAUUUUUUUUAAAUUUUUUUUUUUUGUUUUUCUGGGCAACCAAAUAAGUGUUAGUGUUACAAACUUAUGUUACAUGCAACAGUUGCCACGCAAACUAGGGCAGCUGUUUGGGUUCAAAAAUUAAAAGUUCCGCACAAAAAACAUAGAAUCGACGCUUCAUAGUCGCAUUUCAGAAACAAUGUGUAGCGGUGCGUGUUGGGAGUAUUUUGUUUUUUGUUUAUAGUAAUUUUUAUUAGAUGUAUACGUAAGCAAGGUACGGAAUGGACCGAACGAUCACAAAGAAAGGUGCAACAAAACAAACGCACAAACGGUCCUUGAUCGACACAGAUCGGCACAAGUGUCGGCACGAAAGUAUUCAUAACACACAGACACACACACCCACACACACCCAUACAUCCAUACAAAAACAUUAACACAUCCAAUGUUUAGUCACCGAACACACGAAUCACGUACAGCAAAACAAAAGUAGCAACAUCGGACAAAGUGAUGCUACAAUGUCUUUAUAAUUGUAAAAUGUAAUUACAACAAUUACGUUACGUAUGGUAUUUUACCAGCUUAAAUAGUUAUACAACAUUACACAUACACUCACACAAACACUCAAGAAACAGGAGAAAAACACAAGAAACAUUCAUGUUUUUGUCGCACAAACUCACGUAACAAAUAAAACAAAAACACACACAGAGGGACACAGUGCUACAGUUCAGCAUCCAGUUUUUCUGUGUGAGGAACCCUCAUAAAUACACAUACACACGCACACAUACACACAUAGUAAAUGAGGACAGGGAACAUUCUAUUGCUCGAUUAGUACAGUUCAAUCGAGUGUACGGAGAGACAAUGUAAUGUCAAUCGGAGUAAAACAAAAUUCGAAUCCAAAAUCCCAUUUUCAACAUCUUUGUGGGUGUCGUACUAGAAAUGAAAUCAAACACAACGAGACACCAUCCCAUCGAUAGCGAGAUCAAAGCACAACACCAUCCGUCGUGGUCUGUCGUGCGCAAUAUCGGACAAACAUACAUACAGCAAAACACGUACGGCCACAAGCCGACAAUUUGAAUUGGCGCACGGUUUAGCUAAUGUUCAUUGCGAAGCCACGAACGAACAUGGUUGGACGGUUGAAUGAAACAUUCGUUACUCGUUGAUAUCAAAAUCGCGAUCACGCGAUCAAUAGCUUCCGAGCGGUGGGGAAAAACCGCCCUUUCGCCCUGGGAAUGUCAACGGGCGAACGCGCACGAACGCACGAGUUGAUCUGCAACGUACAACUAGCGCGACACGUUGGUACGUCGUUCGGCCGAUUGGACAUUCCCGGGCGGCAUACACUUUUAGUUCGUAGGAAGCAUCGAAAAGAAGUUGUAGGAAGAACCACACACUAGCAAACAACAUCCCAACGUGAGCAAAUGUAUGAGUGUACGAAACGAAAACAAAAAAAAACAUCACUAAUGAGGAAUGUUUGCCAGAGGCAAAUUUACUCGCAAAUCCAACGAAAUGCGGUCGACCAAUCAUUCUUACGUCCCAGGGGCACAUUUCCCAUAAUGCUAACGGACAGCGUUUUCCACAAUCCUGACGAUGGAACAGUACGGGUGUUUGUUUGUCGUGCAAGUGUUCGAUUUGUUCGAUCGAUCGAAUGAUCGAGCUGUGUGAAUGAUCUUCUACUUCUACCUGUGUGCGUGUGUGUGCAUGUGUGUGUGUGUGUGCGUGUCGUAUGUUUGUAGUACAAACAUCGUCAAUCUCGAUCGCGGGAUACUGUGGAACUAUGAAAACCGAUGCCGUUUAGCGCUGUUGGGAAACUGGAACCGAAUGCAUUGGUUGUCCACAUUUUGUUCAUCUCCACAUUCGCGGAGACGGAGAUGUACCACCGGUAUAAUAACUUCCCUUUCCACCAGCCAACCAGAGUGGAGUUGGAGGAAAGGAAGGCGCGCAUGGUUUAGUUUUGGGCAACAGCGAAUAAUGGAAUUGCGCGCUUUACAAUGUUAGUUUCCGAUAGCCUUUGGGCUACGAGUUUUGAUCCUCGGUUGAUGCGAUUACUUUACGUUCACGGCUCAGUGCAGCUAUACUAAGCAAGGGCAUCGGUGAGUUGGAUAUGGGUUGAGAAGUGAUCCUUCUCGACCAACUCCAAUUCUGCCCACUUCUUUGCUGAUGUUGACCUCCUUCCUUGCCGGAAAAGGAAGGACUGUCCAUACAUCGGUCUAUUCCAACCCGUUCCUUCCCCAGUUCCGCUCUAUCAUUGUAUCUAUCUGGUCGCAAUCUACCGGCCAACGUCCCAGAGAAUCCUUCAAAUCUAUCUCACCAUCGAGAAAAGGGUAGGGGCUCAGUGUCACUAACUCAUCAGCAAUCACCAUUUCCGGCCACCACCAUUCACCAACCAACAGUGUAACGCACAACGUGCAGUCAAACUGCAUUCGAUCCUCGGGGCGAUUCUGGUGCAUCCGUUUGUGGCUUUACUUAGUCUAUGGUACCGUUGACCGGGUCGGGUACGUUUGUAUUUUUAGCUUCUUUGCUAUUUCUGACUCACGUACGCUGUGACGGCAGAAUCUUCUAAUUACCCAGAAUACACUUUACUCGUACAUUACCAACUUCCAACCCGAUUCCAUGGAUUCCCGCGCUGGAAAUGAUACGUUCGUGUGGACUUCAUUGUCUGCAAUGUAUCAAAUCUCCACAAGACGGUGAAUUUUCACUUGUACUUGUACUGGCCAUCGAUCACGAUGGCAGAAAGGAAAACCCUGUUUAUCCUUGCCGUUACCGGUCUCAAAAGCAAACGGAACGUGCCAGGAUAUGUUCCUCACCGGGAUCGUAAUGUGAUCGUAAGAGCGAUGAGAGUUAGUAACACAUACCCGUUUUUCGAUGGUGACAAUCCCAUCCACCUUCAACUUCAUGACAAUGCCGUGGCAUUAGGCACGGUAGCUCCAUAGGUAGUUUCGGUUCGUUAAUGUUAUCACGAUUUGGAAGUCACCACAUAUUGUAUCGUCUUCCGGUUUUCUGUUCAGCAUUGUUCGAUAGUUAACGAUAUUUCGCUUGGUUCGUUAAAUCCCUCAUUUACAUCUUAUGCUCAGUUAGUCACUCAUACAUUUGGCUCGCCAAUGCACGCACCAAUCGUCGGUAAACACAAUCAAACCCAAAUCAUUUGUGCGAUAAGGCUGCAUUGGCGCUAGCUGGACGAUGGUAAAGUCGAAAACGUUCAAGUAUUUUCUCCGUUGUUUAAAAAUCCUUUUUUCGGUUCGUAUUAUCCAAUUGUGGUGCAUGAGUGUGCGGAGUAAUAAAAUGUAUAAGAAAAAAAAAACAGUCACACACACACAAGGGAACUACAACAUAAUGGUCUAGUUGGUAUGUAAUGAUAAUAGUAAUGCAAACAAUUAUUAUUACUAUAAUUAACAUGUAAUAAGGACAACAAAAAAAAAAAAACAAA